GGAGGAUAUGGCGGCCUCUCUUCGCUGGUGGACACUGUACAGCUCUUUCUGUGCAAUAGCACAGCAGACAUUGCGGCUGCUCUUCCUGUCCACACUCUGCAGUUGCAUGCUCGGCUUCGUCGUUGCCGCUCAGAAAGAAACAGACCGUCAUCGUUUCCCGUCAUCUGCCAUGGCUAUGGGCGAUUCCCUAUCAUACACCAACGGUCAUGGGGGCUCGCCCGGCGUCGGAAUGCGUACCGCCGACGACCGGUCGCUCGCUUCAGAAGAUCUGUCGCCGUCCAUCACGCUUGUCACGCAGGAUUUGUUUGUCCGUGACGUCAACGGCGCAGCCGGGACGCCGAGGGUCGUGCUCGUGCACACACCCGAGGCGCUCUUCAAUUCCACCAGGUCCCCACUCAAUGAAUCCUCAGGCUCGGGUUAUGAGUGCCAAACGUUUUAUAGAAAUAUAGUGUUUCUCCCCAACAGCACGCGAUUUUUCUCUAUCCUCGAGCAGAGCUGCGUCACAAAGAACUAUACUCAUCAACAAAACUUAGAAACGAAUGAGUCAGUGGGGAUUUCCGAUUGGAGCUUUACCUUUAGAGAGAUGUCCGUGCGACAGGCAGAUCUGCUGCCCGUGAGGCAGGGGUUGAAGCCUAUAGCAGACGAGACAGUGUUAAGCUACUGGUGGCCGGAGAACAGUACGGACGGGGAGAGAGUCUCGUCGCCCAUUCUGUACCAGGAAGACCGGACCGAUCCACUCAUGUCAUCGAUUCCAUCCAUGGCUACGCUCUCCUGCAUGGACAUCGCCAAGAAUGGCACGCACCUAGUCUUGUCCUCGUCUGGAUUCAAGAGAUGGCUACUCACGUCUCUGUCAACGAGCAACGGCAGUCGAUCGUUCAUCAUGAAUCUGACGCGUGACGUGAUGUCAGUUCAAGGGUUGGCUUUCGACCGCAGCAAGACGAAACUCUUCGCCACUCUGAGCUUCCUCACCCCUGCCGAUGUAGUCAAGGGCGGCGGCCGUCUCUGGGUCCGCCUAGUGUCUGCUGACGUGGACGAAUCUGGUUACCCGGUUAAAUCCGACGGUGGUGAUACGCUGGGGGACCCUUUUCACACCGUGCACCGGCUUGGCAGCCCGCCUGAUCCAGAGAGAGAUAUGCGUGGCAGCGAUGUUUCUUUGAGCCCUCACAGCGUCACCUCUAGCGGAAGGUGCAUAUACCUUAUGAAUACCAUGUCAAUGGAUGUGAUUGGAGUGGAUCCCUCGACCUCCAAACUCACUCCUGUGAUGGGCCGUGGCAUCGAGACCAAGCCUUUCGCCAUUUCGCCUUACAGGACUCCGUCUAGUGCAUUUUACGGGACUCAGUAUACAGCAGCGACGGAUAUCGCAGCGACAUUGGACGGUUGUAAUCUGUUCAUCACAGGUGGCGUUGAUGACCCGGAUACUGUGUCCAUCACAGGUAAGCCUUCGACCGGGCUUGUAUGGGUGAAGAUGAGGAGUAGAUGCGGCAAGGCACAGAGCGCGGAGGUUGUGGCGCGCUACAACAGCCACGAGGCCACCGGGAUUGGAAGCCUGGCUCUUCAGGAGCUGGAAGGUCGGCUGUUCCUGUACGUCGGCUCUACGGACGGCCGCAUCUUCGAGCUGGAGAUUAGCCGGUCCCAACUGCAUGUAUGCUCCGACAGAAGCCGACGUCUGAGGCCGCCACCCCUCUCUCUUCUCAUUCCCUUUCUUCAUCUCCUUACUUUCGUCAUGGCUGUCCUCUCCGUCGUUGUUGCCUUAUGAAAGAGAUCCCAGGCGAUUCAGGGUAGCGUAGCCCCAGAGCUUC